AAGAAGCUGAGCUGGGUUUCGGUGGCCGGUCUGAAGGAGAGGCGCUCCAGAGGCCGAACAGGCUACAGUAAGACAUUCAUACGAGGAGAAGCUCAGUUUCGGACUUGUCCUCCAAGCCGAGUGGUUUUCCCCGCUGGACAGGCCCAUCCUAGCGUUCGGAUGCAUUUAUCACUGGAUACUAUGAACAUGGUGGACGACAGCUGCCUCUCGCCCGGCAACUUCCACGAAAUGGUAAAAGGUGGCAUUGCAGCCGUCGGCACUCGUGUCCACAGCAUCGAUGUCAUCCUGGGCUUCACUAAGGAAGAGGGCCCAUUACUCAAUCCUGGAGCCAACACUGUGCCUCACAAAGUUGGAGUGGAAAGUUUAGGAGACCUUGGAAAGCAGGACCACCCAGCACACCCGUACGGGCACAUGCCUCUGAGGGAUAACAGUGAGCAACCUGCUUUUCAUGACGCUGAAAUAUUCUCCAAUAAGUGUGAGGGUGAGCUGGGAGAGGUGAGGAAGUCAUCUGAUAGUGACAGGAAGUCUCCGGAGCAGGGGGACGAGGAACAGCCGAAGAAGAAGCACCGGCGGAACCGGACCACCUUCACUACCUACCAACUCCACGAGCUGGAGCGGGCCUUUGAGAAAUCCCACUACCCCGACGUCUACAGCCGUGAGGAACUGGCCAUGAAGGUCAACCUGCCUGAGGUUCGAGUGCAGGUCUGGUUCCAGAACCGUCGGGCCAAAUGGAGGCGCCAGGAGAAGAUGGACGCCAGCGCUGUGAAGCUCCAUGACUCACCCAUGCUGUCCUUCAACCGGCCACCCAUGCACACCAAUGUGGGGCCCAUGAGUAACUCCCUGCCCCUGGACCCUUGGCUGACCUCUCCUCUGACCAGCACCACGCCUGUGCACAGUAUUCCAGGCUUCAUGGGGCCCGCACAGGGCCUGCAGGCGGGCUACCCUGGCCACGGAUUCCUCAACACGCCCCAGCCUAUGGGCCAGAGCAUGCAGCCCAUGGCCCCGCCCCCCUACCAGUGUCCGGCAGUUUUCACCGACAAAUACCCACUGGAGGACGCUGACCAGCGCAGCUCUAGCAUCGCCUCACUGAGGAUGAAAGCCAAGGAACACAUUCAGUCCAUGGACAAAACAUGGCAACCCAUGUGACAGUUGUGGCAACACUGAACUGACACGCUUUCAGGAUUUGUUGUGUUUGGACCUUGUGAGUGGACACGAGGCGGGUUAAUGAAUCAGAACCAACCAGAGCACUGUGUGUUCUGCUUUGGAUCUAGGAUAAUGUCUCAUCAUCCCCAGCCUGUGGUGAAGCAAUUAAAUGUGGGAAGUAAAUUAGUAAAAUGGCACAAUAUUUAUUUUUCUAUUGGAUAAAGGUCUCAAGUUACAUUUUUGACACCUGAAAAAACAAAAAAUUGGACGUUUUUACGACAAAACGAUUGGUACGUUGCUAUUUUCUGUCUGUCUUAAAUUACAUUUGGUGAGUUCUUUACAUUCUAAUGUUCCUUAAUUGAGGCUCAAAUAGUCUGCUUUUUUCCUCCUCCACCAAGCCCACAUUUCUAAGACGUCUGGCAAUAAUUUAAGCUAGCUGGUUUUGUUUCAGUGUGCAGUGCAUCAUCAGAUCAGUGUUGUGAAAGAAAAAGCUGAGAUCAGGAGUAGAGGCAGAAAGGCCAGGUCCUCACUGCCUCCAUCAAAGUCCAUACUGUUGCAUGCCUGGCCUCUAUAACGUCCCAAAGACUAUGAAGAAAAUGAACUUAAAGAAUGCCUUGAAGGUGCUUUUUUGACUGUUGCAAAGCCAGAUAACCCAUUUUUAUUGCUGCACUACGUAAAUGUUUGCUCAAGUUGAAAGAAGGUUGGAAAAAAGGCUCAAAUAUGGGCUCAAAUGCUGUGGGUCGCCCUCUGAAGCCUGAAAUAAUCAUUUAAAAGUCAGAAGCAUCGAGUUGGGGGUUUUUCACACCAUGUUGCACAUUUGUACAUAUAUACAGGCUAAAAGAAGGUCUGACUCGAUGUUUAGAUAUCAAAUGCAAAGUUAACAUUAUACCAAUAAAGAUACACCAACAA